UGGAGUAGAAACUGGGAGGGUUCAGUUCAGGGUUCUGUGCUUACUUACGUGGGUAUCUGUUUUUCUAUCCUUUUCCUUUUUGGAUUCAUGUCAGAAAAUUUACUGAUUUCGCCAUUUACUGGAGGUGGGCUGAGGAGCGCUUAUCCGGAAGUGUGAGCGUGCGCGCAGGAGGAGUUGAGCGCUAGAGAGAGUCGCGUCAGCCAUGGGUUUCCGUAAGAAGAACAAGAGCCCACCGGUGCUGAGCCACGAGUUCGUGAUCCAGAACCAUGCAGACAUGGUGUCGUGUGUGGCCAUGGUCAUCCUACUGGGACUCAUGUUCGAGGUGACUGCAAAAUUUGCCAUAAUGUUCAUCACGGUGCAGUACAACGUAACUUACACGUUGGAUGACAGGUCUGAACCUUUGAACUUCUACCAUUAUGGACCAAAAGACAUGGCCACAGUUUUCUUCUAUAUGCUUAUUGCCAUCAUACUACAUGCCUUGAUCCAGGAAUACAUUCUUGAUAAAAUGAAUCGACGGCUGCAUCUGUCUAAGACCAAGCACAGCAAAUUCAACGAAUCUGGGCAGCUUGUUGCCUUUUAUUUGUUUUCCUUCGUCUGGGGCAGUAGCAUCUUGACUGCGGAGGAUUUUGCAACAAAUCCUACAUUUUUAUGGGAAGGCUACCCUCAUAAUAACAUGGUUUUCCAGGUGAAAUUCUUCUACAUUUGUCAGAUCGCCUACUGGCUUCAUGCUUUGCCAGAGCUUUACUUUCAGAAAGUGCGGAAGGAGGACAUUCCUCGCCAGCUUUACUACAUUUCUCUUUACAUUUUCCACAUUUCUGGUGCCUAUGUCUUAAACCUUCACCGCCUGGGCCUGAUUCUCCUCGUGCCUCACUACCUGGUGGAGCUCCUAUUCCAUGCUUCACGCCUCUUCUACUUUAGUGAUGAGAACAAGCAGAAAGGGUUCACUCUGUGGGCGCUCCUGUUCGUCAUUGCUCGCCUCCUCACCCUCACCCUGUCUGUGCUCACCUUUGGCUUUGGCUUGUCUCGCACGGAGAACCAAGGCUUCUCUAUAGCGGAGGGAAACUUCAAUGUGCUGACUGUCAGAAUCAGCUGCCUGGCUGCCAUAUGUCUCACACAAGCCUGGAUGAUGUGGAAGUUUAUCAAUUUCCAGCUGAAGAAAUGGAGAGAGCACAGCCAGAUUCAAGCCAGCAAAAAGAAACCCAUCAGUCCAAAAGGCAGACCCUCCAAAAAAGACUCAUCUAGAGGAGCUGCUGCCAAUGGAGUCAUGAAGUCUGAGGAGAGGACAUCGCCCCGGGCAAGAAAACCAAAAGCCUCAUAGAGCCCUGAUGAGGGGCUGUGGUUUUACUCUGGCACCCUACUAUCUUUCCUCACUGUAAAGAAAAGGAAGAUUGCUCAUUUCUUUUAGGUCCCAAAAGAACGUUUCAGUCCUUCAGGAAAUCAUAUCUUUUGGGAUAACUAAUGAAAAACCGCUUUAGAUUGCACACUUCCCUUCAGUGUUUGUUUUUCCUUCAAGGUCCUUUUUCCGCAUUAGGCAUCAAGGUUUGCAGGAUGGUUGGUGGUAUUUUCAGUUUCAUGUUCAUUGUGUGGUGCCAGAAAUGCGUGAGACCACCAUGUGGUAAGCAGCUCGUGAGGCAAGAGCCUUCCUACAUCAUCACUGAGGUUGCAUUAUAGGCUGAAGUAAAGCCAUUUGAUUUACCUGACACUGUGUGGUAAUUACCAUAUGCUCAAAGCAGAGCAGCAGAUGCUGCUUGUAGGAUUGCUUGGGAUUUUCUUUUGAUUUUUGUGUUGGUUCAGAUACCACAUACAGGUCACAGUCAUCUGUGCUGUAAGGCCAAAAAUCUCUUGUACACAUCACCUGAAGCAUUUCAUUCAUAACAGGAAUGACACUUCGGACUAAAUAAAAUUGUAUAAAUUUUAUUAUAGAAAAUGUUGCAUUUCUAAUGGAUAUGUGUCAGACAGAGCCAUGAUUCUGAAUUGCUCAAGCUGCUGUUGUGAGACACUUGGCGUACUUUUCUGGUGCAACAUUUACAUAUUUGACAGUGUAAAGGAUGCAAUGUGCAAAGGGCUUAACGGUUCUGUUUGAAGUCCUGGUCAUAAGCUUCGCUUCAACCUUUGUUAUGCGGAAUUCUCAUCUAUAAAUAGGAGUGACCUUAAGUAGAAGUUGCUUUCCCUGAAAAAGGAACAUCCCCUGUGGGAGAGCACAAGGUCACCGUUGAAAGGGUUCAAGAGUAACAGAUGAAAGGUUGGUCCAUGUUCAGCCCUGAAGAACCACUGGUGUGUAGAUCCACUGCAUCUGUAGGUUUACCUUCAUGUGCUCAUGGAGACUGCUCUGUCCAGUGAGGGAGUCAGAUCCAGACAGAAAUGUAUCUGCACAUGGGGAAUUAGACUUUUUAUAACAAUUUAGUGGCCUUUUUUGCAUCCACUGAAGGAUAUUUCUACUUUUUUUUAACAGUACUUUGUAAACUCAGCCUACAUAGCCUGCAUCACAAAAUAGUUUUAUGCAUUUGAUUCAGAAAAUUUAAGUGUCCUUACAGAUAUCAUUACAUGGAUUCCAAAUGGAAGGUGUUUGGCUGUGUGUAAGGUAAACAAAGGCACCCCCGUAUAACACGGUUUCCAAAGGAGAAUAUAAAAGCCGUCUGUUUUUCUAUGUUUUUUUUUUUUUCUUUUUUUUGUGUGUGUGAUGGGAAAGGAACCACAUGCCUUGAUGUAACUAAUGUGUUCCUGCAGCUCACCUGUGACAGUCACAUUGUUGGGCUUGAAGGAGAGAACCAGUGUAGUCCACCAAUCCUUUUUUGAAAAAAGAAGCGCUUUUCUUUAGAAUAGAAAAGAACAAGUGUAGCAACUGAGUUAUUUUUCACAUUUAUUCAUUUAGCAGAUGCUAUAUGGUAUUUUUUGUGUGCUGCAGAUAAAAUCAUGGGUUCAUGGUUUCCCACUCCCUGUGUGUGUGUGUGUGUGUGUGUGUGUGUGUGUGUGUGUGUGUGUGUGUGUGUGAGAGAGAGAGAGAGAUAAUGGAUUGGGAGGAUGAGAUGCAGCAGGAGCUCCGAGUGUCAGGCUUUCAGGUUCUUUCCCUCUGGUUUUCAUUUCCAUGUGCAAGUUCAAUUCCCCAUGAUUUUUCACCACAUUAUUCCUUCCAUGAUAUAUCUGUGAAGUGGAGACAAGUUUCUUGAAAUAGCAGAUAGACUGAAUAUCUGGAGCCAAGCAAUGUGGGUCUGAACUUGCAUUUGAAUUUUAUUGUCAAUUCAAAGAAUAAACCAGUGUUCUGUCUUGAGAGGUUGGUAGUUCUACUUUGCUUUAUUUAUAGAAAGCAUGAAAGUGAUAAGAAAGUGUAAUUCUGUCCUUGCUUCACUUCAGCUAAUAUUACUUAAUGUGAAUGUUAUAUUUCAGAAUAUGACACAAAGCAUUCUUCAUGUAGUAGUAUCUUAAGGUUGAAGGAACAUUUAACUUGUUACCAGCCUGUUUCUUUAAGUGUGAAGAAAAGAAAUUAUCUAAUCUAGGACAUUCUUAAAGCUUUUUUUUUUUCUGAUUUAAAACUAUUUUUAUAGUGUUCUAUAGAAUGUCCAACUUCAUUAUAUUUGUAGUUUUGCUGUGUCAUUUUCUUUAUAUGCAAUGAAAUAAAUGAUGAGAUAGUGUUUAACGCACCGCUUAGACACAGUUGUAAAUACAACAUGAAAUCCUUGUCUGACUAAUGGCUGUAAUAAAGACACAUGGUUGAGAAUAUGUCAGCAUGGUCGUGCUUGUAAGUGGAGAUGCCCUGCUUGAGACUGUCUGGGAAAGAAUGAUGCUAGAUCUCAAUCUUAACACAGCAAAGCCUGAUUAAGACCUUGUUUUCCUUUUUUUGUCACUCUGCUUUGUUUAUUUUUGCUACCUGACAUAAUGAGGCUUUGUUUCAGAUUAAUGCUAAAAUGGGUGGGCUGCUCUUGCCCUAGGAGAAAAACAUUCACCGUUUCUGCACUUUUCCAACGCAGCUUUUUAAUUAUACAAGAUGGCAAUAGUCAGCUGGGGCACCAAGUUGAUUGCGCACUACUAAUUUUAUUUUUGGUAACAUCAAAGUUGCAUAUUAUUGUGUUAAAGUAUCUAUGGUUUAUCAGACUUUUGGUGGUGGCACUCUCUGUAUGACCUUUCCUCGCUGAGUGGAUGCCUUCAGAUGGAAUCAUCUGCCAAACAAAUGAACACGCACCAAAGUUUGUUUACCUUUUACUGCAGGCACAUUACACUUAAUUUAUGUUUUUCCUCACUGUGAUAUUUUGUACUCACUAUUGUGUCCUUUGUAGUUUGCUUAGAGAUGUACCGGUGUAUUGCUUUUUAUCGAAAGGUGUCAACACUGAUGUAUUCUGGAGUGUAUGUAUUUAUGCAAAUACUUGUGGGGUUUUCUUUUUUUC